AUGGCACUCCCCACCAGUUCCCUUGGGUGUCGUAAGAGUCGUUUAAGGAUGGGCGAGGGAGGAUCGCCGGGCGGCGGGGGCGGCGGCGGCGGCGCGGGCGGCGGGGCGCGGCUGUCGCACACGUCGGAGAAGCACCCGCGCGCCAUCCUCGGCGAACUGUCCGCGCUGCGCCGCCACCGCGAGCUGUGCGACGUCGUGCUCAAUGUCGCCAACAGAAAACUCUUUGCUCACAGAGUUAUAUUAUCAGCAUGCAGUCCAUACUUCCGCGCGAUGUUCACGGGCGAGCUGGCGGAGUCGCGCGCCACCGAGGUGACCAUCCGCGACGUGGACGAGCAAGCCAUGGAGCAGCUCGUGGAGUUCUGCUACACAGCCCACAUCGUGGUCGAGGAGAGCAACGUUCAGGCGCUUCUCCCGGCGGCGUGCCUGCUGCAGCUGCAGGAGAUCCAGGACGUGUGCUGCGAGUUCCUCAAGCGCCAGCUGGACUGCUCCAACUGCCUCGGUAUCCGCGCCUUCGCCGACACACACUCUUGCCGCGAGCUGCUGCGCAUCGCUGACAAAUUCACACAACAGAACUUUCCUGAGGUAAUGGAAAGCGAAGAGUUCCUCCUACUGCCAGCCGCCCAGCUCAUAGACAUAGUGUCCUCAGACGAAUUGAACGUUCGAUCCGAGGAGCAAACCUUCCAGGCCGUCAUGUCCUGGGUCAAAUAUAAUGUGGCCGAACGACGGCAGCAUCUGGCACAGGUGUUGCAACACGUGCGGCUGCCGCUGCUGAGCCCCAAGUUCCUAGUGGGCACGGUGUCCUCGGAGCUGCUGAUCCGCUCGGACGACGCGUGCCGCGACCUGCUGGACGAGGCCAAGAACUACCUGCUGCUGCCACAGGAGCGACCGCUCAUGCAGGGACCGCGCACCAGGCCCAGGAAACCCACCAGGAGAGGCGAGGUGCUAUUUGCAGUGGGCGGUUGGUGUUCAGGGGAUGCCAUAGCGUCGGUUGAGAGGUUCGACCCACAGACCUCCGAGUGGAAGAUGGUGGCGCCCAUGUCUAAGCGGAGGUGCGGGGUGGGGGUAGCCGUGCUACACGACCUGUUGUACGCUGUCGGUGGCCAUGAUGGACAGAGCUAUCUCAACAGUAUCGAGAGAUACGACCCUCAGACUAAUCAGUGGUGCGGCGCGGUGGCGCCCACGUCGUCGUGCCGCACGUCGGUGGGCGUGGCCGUGCUCGAGGGCGCGCUCUACGCCGUGGGCGGACAGGACGGCGUGCAGUGCCUCAACCACGUCGAGCGGUACGACCCCAAGGACAACCGCUGGACCAAGGUAUGUGUGUGUGCGUGCAGCACGUCGUCGUGCCGCACGUCGGUGGGCGUGGCCGUGCUCGAGGGCGCGCUCUACGCCGUGGGCGGACAGGACGGCGUGCAGUGCCUCAACCACGUCGAGCGGUACGACCCCAAGGACAACCGCUGGACCAAGGUAUGUGUGUGUGCGUGCAGCACGUCGUCGUGCCGCACGUCGGUGGGCGUGGCCGUGCUCGAGGGCGCGCUCUACGCCGUGGGCGGACAGGACGGCGUGCAGUGCCUCAACCACGUCGAGCGGUACGACCCCAAGGACAACCGCUGGACCAAGGUAUGUGUGUGUGCGUGCAGCACGUCGUCGUGCCGCACGUCGGUGGGCGUGGCCGUGCUCGAGGGCGCGCUCUACGCCGUGGGCGGACAGGACGGCGUGCAGUGCCUCAACCACGUCGAGCGGUACGACCCCAAGGACAACCGCUGGACCAAGGUAUGUGUGUGUGCGUGCAGCACGUCGUCGUGCCGCACGUCGGUGGGCGUGGCCGUGCUCGAGGGCGCGCUCUACGCCGUGGGCGGACAGGACGGCGUGCAGUGCCUCAACCACGUCGAGCGGUACGACCCCAAGGACAACCGCUGGACCAAGGUAUGUGUGUGUGCGUGCAGCACGUCGUCGUGCCGCACGUCGGUGGGCGUGGCCGUGCUCGAGGGCGCGCUCUACGCCGUGGGCGGACAGGACGGCGUGCAGUGCCUCAACCACGUCGAGCGGUACGACCCCAAGGACAACCGCUGGACCAAGGUAUGUGUGUGUGCGUGCAGCACGUCGUCGUGCCGCACGUCGGUGGGCGUGGCCGUGCUCGAGGGCGCGCUCUACGCCGUGGGCGGACAGGACGGCGUGCAGUGCCUCAACCACGUCGAGCGGUACGACCCCAAGGACAACCGCUGGACCAAGGUAUGUGUGUGUGCGUGCAGCACGUCGUCGUGCCGCACGUCGGUGGGCGUGGCCGUGCUCGAGGGCGCGCUCUACGCCGUGGGCGGACAGGACGGCGUGCAGUGCCUCAACCACGUGGAGCGGUACGACCCCAAGGACAACCGCUGGACCAAGGUAUGUGUGUGUGCGUGCAGCACGUCGUCGUGCCGCACGUCGGUGGGCGUGGCCGUGCUCGAGGGCGCGCUCUACGCCGUGGGCGGACAGGACGGCGUGCAGUGCCUCAACCACGUCGAGCGGUACGACCCCAAGGACAACCGCUGGACCAAGGUAUGUGUGUGUGCGUGCAGCACGUCGUCGUGCCGCACGUCGGUGGGCGUGGCCGUGCUCGAGGGCGCGCUCUACGCCGUGGGCGGACAGGACGGCGUGCAGUGCCUCAACCACGUCGAGCGGUACGACCCCAAGGACAACCGCUGGACCAAGGUAUGUGUGUGUGCGUGCAGCACGUCGUCGUGCCGCACGUCGGUGGGCGUGGCCGUGCUCGAGGGCGCGCUCUACGCCGUGGGCGGACAGGACGGCGUGCAGUGCCUCAACCACGUCGAGCGGUACGACCCCAAGGACAACCGCUGGACCAAGGUAUGUGUGUGUGCGUGCAGCACGUCGUCGUGCCGCACGUCGGUGGGCGUGGCCGUGCUCGAGGGCGCGCUCUACGCCGUGGGCGGACAGGACGGCGUGCAGUGCCUCAACCACGUCGAGCGGUACGACCCCAAGGACAACCGCUGGACCAAGGUAUGUGUGUGUGCGUGCAGCACGUCGUCGUGCCGCACGUCGGUGGGCGUGGCCGUGCUCGAGGGCGCGCUCUACGCCGUGGGCGGACGGGACGGCGUGCAGUGCCUCAACCACGUCGAGCGGUACGACCCCAAGGACAACCGCUGGACCAAGGUGGCGGCAAUGACGACGCGGCGGCUAGGCGUGGCCGUGGCGGUGCUGGGCGGGCAGCUGUACGCGGUGGGCGGGUCGGACGGGCAGGCGCCGCUCAACUCGGUGGAGCGCUACGACCCUCGCGCCAACAAGUGGACGCCCGUGGCGCCCAUGUCCACGCGCCGCAAGCACCUGGGCUGCGCCGUCUUCGACGGACAGAUCUACGCCGUAGGCGGCCGCGAUGACUGCACCGAGCUGUCAUCGGCCGAGAGGUACGAGCCGAGCACAGACACGUGGUCGCCGGUGGUGGCGAUGACGUCCCGGCGCAGUGGCGUGGGGCUGGCCGUGGUCAACGGACAGCUCUACGCCGUGGGCGGGUUCGAUGGAACCGCCUAUCUUAAAUCCAUAGAGGUGUUCGACCCAGAGUCGAACCAGUGGCGGUUGUGCGGCGCGAUGAACUACCGACGGUUGGGCGGCGGAGUCGGUGUCAUGCGAGCGCCACAUCACGACAACCACUACAUAUGGAAUCGAAAAGACUCGGUGGUGUGA